AUCAAGCUGUUCUCGCUGAAGCAGCAGAAGAAGGAGGAGGAGUCGGCCGGCGGCACCAAGGGCAGCAGCAAGAAGGCGUCGGCGGCGCAGCUCCGGAUCCAAAAGGACAUUAACGAGCUGAACCUGCCUAAGACUUGUGACAUCAGCUUCUCAGACCCAGACGACCUCCUCAACUUCAAGCUGGUUAUCUGUCCUGAUGAGGGCUUCUACAAGAGUGGGAAGUUUGUGUUCAGUUUUAAGGUGGGACAAGGUUAUCCUCAUGAUCCCCCCAAGGUGAAGUGUGAGACAAUGGUUUAUCAUCCCAACAUUGACCUCGAGGGCAACGUCUGCCUCAACAUCCUCAGAGAGGACUGGAAGCCAGUCCUUACGAUAAACUCCAUAAUUUAUGGCCUGCAGUAUCUCUUCUUGGAGCCCAACCCCGAGGACCCACUGAACAAGGAGGCCGCGGAGGUCCUGCAGAACAACCGGCGGCUGUUUGAACAAAACGUGCAGCGCUCCAUGAGAGGUGGUUACAUCGGGUCCACCUACUUCGAGCGCUGCCUGAAAUAGGGUUAGCAAAUACCCAUCCCUGCCAGGGUUAUCAGCCCAGGCAUCCCCUGCAAAUAUUUAUUGGGGGCCCGGGUAGGGUGUGUGGGGUAGCCUUGGCUCCUGCCUUGGCCUUGCCUCUCCUUCCUGUCACCUGCCCCUAGUUAUUUUUUUUUAACCACCACGUGAUUAUGGUCGGUGCUGCCUCCUCCCGACCUGCUCAGCGAUGGGAAAUGAAUUGGCUUGUUUAGCGCCCCCCCCCUCCCGCUGGGUGCUGUCCAACACCCCACUCUUGACUGUGGGGUAAGUGGGCAAUGGGCCUGGGUCGCUGGGCCCAAGCAACCCACCCCACCACCACUGGAGGUCCCACCAGGCUAUUAAAGGGGAAUGUUACUGCA